AAUGACAUUGUUACUAGGUCCACCAAGCUCUGGAAAAACCACAUUACUUCUCGCUUUGGCUGGAAAACUCAAUUUGGAUCUCAAGGUUUCAGGAAGAGUAACAUACAAUGGCCAUGGAAUGGAGGAAUUUGUUCCAGAAAGAACAUCUGCUUACAUUAGUCAAAAUGAUCUUCAUAUUGGAGAAUUAACAGUUAGAGAAACCCUAGCUUUCUCAGCUAGAUGUCAAGGAAUCGGACGUCAAUACGACAUGUUAGUGGAAUUGUCAAGGAGGGAGAAACAAGCAGGAAUUAAACCUGAUCCAGAUAUUGAUAUCUACAUGAAGGCUGCUUCAUUAGAGGGGAAGAAAGCUGUCGUAACGGAUUACACUCUCAAGAUCUUAGGACUGGAAGUCUGUGCGGAUAUAUUAGUCGGAGAUGAAAUGGUACGCGGUAUUUCCGGUGGCCAAAAGAGACGAGUCACAACCGGAGAGAUGCUGGUUGGACCUGCACGAGCUCUGUUCAUGGACGAAAUAUCGACUGGUUUAGACAGUUCGACGACGUUUCAGAUCGUAAAUUCCAUCAGACAAUUUAUUCAUAUCUUACAUGGAACUGCUCUCAUCUCUCUCCUUCAACCAUCGCCGGAAGUUUACGAUCUCUUCGACGAUAUUAUUCUCCUUACAGACGGUCAAAUCGUUUAUCAAGGUCCUCGUGAGAAUGUAUUGGAGUUCUUCGAAUACAAGGGUUUCAAAUGCCCCAAAAGGAAAGCAGUCGCUGAUUUCCUGCAAGAAGUUACAUCAAAGAAGGACCAAGAGCAAUAUUGGCAAAACAAAGAAGAACCAUACAGAUUCGUUAGCGCUGAAGAAUUCGUGGAUGCGUUUCAGACGUUCGAGAUUGGCCAAAGAUUAGGUGAUCAAUUGGCGAUCCCUUUUGACAAAGCAAGUUCUCAUCCUGCUGCUUUAACGACUACAAAAUAUGGUGCUCCAUUGAUGGAGAUCCUAAAAGCUUGCAUGUCUAGAGAAUACUUACUCAUGAAAAGAAACUCAUUCCUCUACAUGUUCAAGAUGUUUCAACUUACUUUUAUAGCAGUAAUCACAAUGACGAUUUUCCUAAGAACAGAGAUGCCCAAGAAAACGAUAGCAGAUGGAGGCAUUUACAUGGGAGAUACAUUCUUCGUAAUAAUGAUCAUGAUGUUCAAUGGAUACGCAGAGCUAUCAUUGAGUAUUCUGAAACUUCCAGUAUUUUACAAGCAAAGAGAUCUCUUCUUCUUCCCAACCUGGGCAUAUUCUUUACCCACUUGGAUUCUUAAGAUCCCAAUUUCAUUCGUCGAAGUUGGUAUAUGGGUUUUCAUGACUUACUAUGUCAUGGGAUUUGAUUCUGACGCUGGAAGGCUCUUUAAACAAUAUCUUUUACUUAUUUGCUUUAACCAAAUGUCUUCUGGAUUAUUUCGAUUAAUUGGGUCUGUUGGAAGGAGCAUCAUCAUUGCAAACACGUUUGGCAUAUUUGUAUUGCUUGUUAUUACAGUAUUGAGCGGAUAUGUUAUAUCAAGAGAUAACAUAAAGAAAUGGUGGAUAUGGGGAUACUGGAUUUCGCCUAUGAUGUAUGGCCAGACCGCCAUUGCUGUGAAUGAAUUUCUUGGGAAGAGUUGGCGACAUAUUCCUCAGAAUUCUACAGAAACGUUAGGCGUGUUGGUAUUGAAGUCUCGAGGUUUUUUCACAAAUGCAAGUUGGUAUUGGAUUGGAAUAGGGGCGUUAAUAGGAUAUGUGUUUUUGUUUAACUUUCUCUUCACAUUGUCUCUGGCUUACCUUAAACCAUUUGACAAGGCACAAGCAAUUAUAUCUGAAGAAUCCUUAUUGGAGAGAAAUGCUAGCAAGAAAGGCGUGAGAAGAAGUGUAAUUCCGUCUGGCAGCAUCAUAAUCAAAGAUGAAAGUAACAAGAAACGAGGAAUGGUUCUACCUUUCGAACCCCUUUCGAUCACAUUUGAUGAUAUCACAUAUGCAGUUGACAUGCCCCAGGAGAUGAAGGUUCAAGGAGUUAAUGAAGAUCGUCUCGAGCUAUUGAAAGGCGUGAGUGGAUCUUUUAGACCAGGAGUAUUAACCGCACUUAUGGGUGUAAGUGGUGCAGGAAAGACAACUUUGAUGGACGUAUUGGCUGGAAGAAAAACGGGUGGUUAUAUAGAUGGAGUGAUCACCAUAUCUGGUUAUCCUAAGAAGCAAGAAACUUUUGCUCGCAUUUCUGGCUAUUGUGAACAAAAUGACAUUCAUUCUCCUAAUGUUACAGUCCACGAAUCCUUACAAUACUCUGCCUGGCUUCGUCUUCCUCGAGAUGUGAACUAUGUAACUAGAAAGAUGUUUGUUGAAGAGGUUAUGGAGCUAGUAGAGCUAACACCAAUAAAGGAAGCUCUAGUCGGUUUGCCAGGCGUGAAUGGGCUUUCAACUGAGCAACGUAAGAGGCUAACUAUUGCGGUUGAGCUUGUAGCUAAUCCGUCCAUAAUAUUCAUGGACGAACCGACAUCAGGACUUGACGCGAGAGCUGCUGCAAUUGUGAUGAGAACCGUGAGGAACACUGUGGACACAGGACGGACAGUUGUAUGCACGAUUCAUCAACCUAGCAUCGACAUAUUUGAUGCUUUCGAUGAGUUGCUACUUAUGAAACGAGGAGGUGAAGAAAUCUAUUUCGGCCCAAUCGGUCGUCACUCAGUCAAUCUUAUCAAUUACUUUGAGGGAAUAAGCGGAGUAAACAAAAUUAAAGACGGUUACAAUCCAGCUACAUGGAUGUUGGAAGUGACUUCAUUGUCAAUUGAAUCAUCUCUUGGUGUGAACUUUGUUGAUAUCUACAAACAAUCAAAUCUAUACAGGAAUAACAAAGUAACGAUAAAAGAAAUCAGUAAAGCCACGCCAGGAUCAAAAGAUCUACACUUUCCGACAAAAUACUCGCAAUCUUUCAUCACACAAACCAUUGCUUGCUUAUGGAAACAAAACAUAUCCUAUUGGCGAAAUCCUCCUUAUACCGCUGCCAGAAUAAUAUUCACAACCAUGAUAGCUCUUGUGCUUGGGGCCAUCUUUUGGGACAUGGGAUCGAAAAGGAAUAGAGAACAGGAUAUAUUCAAUGCAAUGGGUUCUAUGUAUUGUGCUGUUCUCUUUAUUGGUGCAUCAAAUGCUUUUGGAGUGUUACCUAUUGUCUUCAUAGAGAGGACUGUAUUUUAUAGGGAAAAAGCAGCUGGAAUGUACUCUGCAUUGCCAUAUGCUUUUGCACAGGCUCUAAUUGAAAUUCCACAUGUUCUACUUCAAUCAACACUAUAUUCCGUUAUUGUAUAUGCCAUGAUAGGAUUCGAAUGGACGGUUGCAAAGUUCUUUUGGUACAUGUUCUUCAUGUACUUCUCUUUACUAUACUUAACGUAUUAUGGGAUGAUGGUGGUUGCUCUUACCCCAAACCAAACCAUCGCCAACAUAAUCUCUUCAUCAUUUAUCCACAUAUGGAACCUUUUCUCCGGACUUAUAGUACCAAAAACAAGGAUCCCAGCGUGGUGGAAGUGGUACUACUAUGUUUCGCCUGUCUCUUGGACACUAUAUGGCUUAUUAGGUUCACAAUAUGGAGAUGUCCAAGAAAAGCUAGUUACAGGUCAAACUGUGAAACAAUUUGUGAGGGAUUACUUCGAUUACAAACACGAGUUAGUCGGUUAUGUUGCUAUGAUCAUCGUUGGAUGGGUUCUUUUAUUUGGAGUAAUAUUUGCCUACUCAAUCAAAACAUUUAAUUUUCAAAAGAGAUAA